CUCGGGGGCGCAGGCGUCCACGUGCGCGUCCGUGAGGCUGCACGCCACCCGCGCGGGGAAAGCAGACACCUGCGUUUGCCAUGAUGCUCUCCUCCAGCGACUUUGCAUCUGCUUCUUGGGAGCUCGUCGUCAGAGUUGACCAUCCAAAUGAGGAGGAGCAGAAAGAUGUCACACUGAGAGUGUCCGGAGACCUGCAUGUUGGGGGGUUGAUGCUCAAGUUAGUAGAACAGAUCAACAUAUCCCAAGACUGGUCAGACUUUGCCCUCUGGUGGGAACAGAAACAUUGCUGGCUUCUGAAAACGCACUGGACUCUGGACAAAUGCGGGGUCCAGGCAGAUGCAAAGCUUCUCUUCACCCCACAGCACAAAAUGCUUCGCCUCCGCCUGCCAAAUGUGAAGACAGUGAGGUUGCGAGUCAGCUUCUCAGCUGUGGUUUUUAAAGCUGUCAGUGAUAUCUGCAAAAUCCUGAAUAUCAGACGAUCAGAAGAACUUUCCUUGUUAAAGCCUUCUGGUGACUAUUUUAAAAAGAAGAAAAAAAAAGACAAAAGUAACAAGGAGCCCAUCAUUGAAGAUAUUUUAAACCUGGAGGGUUCUCCAACGACUUCAGGUCCACCAGUCAGCCCUGGCUUGUACAGUAAAACCAUGACUCCCACAUAUGACCCCAUCAAUGGAACGCCGGCGUCCUCCACCAUGACUUGGUUCAGCGACAGCCCUUUGACAGAACAAAACUGCAGCAUCCUCGCAUUCAGCCAACCCCCCCAGUCACCAGAAGCGCUGGCUAAUAUGUACCAGCCUCGGUCUCUGGUUGACAAAGCCAAGCUUAACGCAGGUUGGCUGGACUCCUCACGUUCCCUUAUGGAGCAAGGCAUCCAGGACGAUGAGCAGCUACUGUUACGAUUUAAAUACUACACGUUCUUUGACUUGAAUCCCAAAUACGAUGCUGUCCGAAUCAACCAGCUCUAUGAACAAGCCAGGUGGGCCAUUCUCUUGGAAGAAAUUGAUUGCACGGAAGAAGAAAUGUUGAUCUUUGCAGCACUGCAGUAUCACAUUAGCAAACUGUCGCUGUCAGCUGAAACACAGGAUUUUACAAAUGAGUCUGAGGUGGACGAAGUAGAAGCUGCACUCUCUAAUUUGGAAGUGACCCUAGAAGGUGGAAAAGCAGACAACGCUUUGGAGGACAUUACUGAUAUCCCUAAACUUGCAGAUAAUCUCAAAUUAUUUAGGCCCAAGAAGCUAAUAUUGAAGGCUUUCAAGCAGUAUUGGUUCAUCUUUAAAGACACAUCUAUAGCCUACUUUAAAAAUAAGGAACUUGAGCAAGGAGAACCAGUAGAAAAACUAAAUCUUAGAGGCUGUGAAGUUGUGCCAGACGUCAACGUAGCAGGGAGAAAAUUUGGAAUCAAGUUACUAAUCCCUGUCGCCGAUGGUAUGAAUGAAGUAUAUCUGAGAUGUGACCAUGAGAAUCAGUAUGCCCAAUGGAUGGCUGCCUGCAUCCUGGCAUCGAAGGGCAAAACCAUGGCAGACAGCUCCUAUCAGCCAGAGGUCCUCAACAUCCUUUCAUUUCUGAGGAUGAAAAACCGGAACUCAGCAUCUCAGGUGGCUUCCAGUCUUGAAACCAUGGACAUGAACCCUGAAUGUUUUGUGUCACCUCGGUGUGCAAAAAAACACAAGUCAAAGCAGCUGGAAGCCCGGAUUCUAGAAGCCCACCAGAAUGUGGCCCAGAUGCCGCUGGUCGAAGCCAAGCUGCGGUUCAUCCAGGCCUGGCAAUCUCUACCUGAAUUUGGCCUCACCUACUAUCUUGUCAGAUUUAAAGGAAGCAAGAAAGAUGAUAUUCUGGGAGUUUCAUAUAAUAGGUUGAUUAGAAUCGAUGCAGCCACUGGGAUUCCAAUUACAACAUGGAGAUUCACAAAUAUGAAACAGUGGAACGUCAACUGGGAAAUCCGACAGGUGGCAAUCGAAUUUGACCAGAAUGUCUCCAUCGCGUUCACCUGCCUGAGUGCGGACUGCAAGAUCGUGCAUGAAUACAUCGGUGGCUACAUUUUCUUGUCCACUCGGUCUAAGGACCAGAAUGAGACCCUUGACGAGGACCUGUUCCACAAGCUGACUGGUGGUCAGGAAUGAAGCAAAGCCGACCUGCCUACACACAGAGGGUGAGCCAAGGAUGGGCCUUCCUGGACAGAUGGGAUCCUUGGCUCGCACGGUGUGUACAUUGCAGACUGACAGCACAUACUCACCACUGGUCACUCAGAUGAGGAUCCUCAUCCCAUUUCAGACACACUGCCUAGCAUAUCCUUUUCCUUUCUUUACCUUGUCCUACCAGUGAUGGAAGGGGCCUCAGUUGCCUUUUCUGUAAAAUGGGUGGGUGGGAAACAGGCUAGUAGACAAAGAUUGCGCUGUGGCCCAGGAUGGAGCUAUAGUUCUGUGACUUGCAGACCCUGCAGGUCUAUGGCUAGAAGUCACCAGAAUGCUUCUCUGCUUUGUUGCUAAGUCAGCAAAAGACAGAAAGGUCGAAAGCACAGUAGCCAGGGACGGAUCUUAUUCCUUAACUCAGGUAUAAAAAGUAAUUUGUCUUUCCUAACAGAACCACUUUUAGCUCCUAUCUUGUGAAAAUGGCAGAGGGAGUCCCCACACACACAUAGACUUUCUCCCUAUAGGUCAAGGGAGGGGAGAGGUGGAGUUACCUGGUGCUGUUUGGUGACAAGGGGUCAGAGCAGUGAGCUUCAAGGUCAUCAGUUCACAGUGACUUCCGCGGAGGUGACUACUGCCCCAUCUGGCCUUGGACAUUGGUCCCCUCAGGUUACUUCUACCACCUGCAAGGCCUAUUGCGUUCCUGAGGGUCCCUCAGCCACCUUUAAGUCUUUCUGGAUGACAGGGGUGAUGCAGAGGUACAGGGAAAUCCAUUCCUCAACGACGCUGCAGGUCUCAACUGCUGUUCCUCUGAGCUGGGGCUCAGGAAGAUGCGUCCAGUUCUGUUUAUAAAAACCACAUCCCCACGUCGGGGCUUACUACGGGGUCUCCCUCCCAGCUGGUCAGGGAGAGAAAGACAAGCCCAUUCUCAAAGACCACCAAGUUCAAGGGCUGAUGGCUCCCCCCCUCCCCUGGCUUCUAUGUACAUUUUGUAAAUCAGGAGCCAAUAACAGACUUCUGUUUUCUCUGCUUUUUGCUCUGUCAUCUCUGCCUCAAGACAUGGGCAUGAGCCAGGUAAUCACUGCCUCAGUUGUCAUUUUCUGCUUUGCUUUGUCAGCUUUGAGAGGAGUGGGUUUUGAGAAGGAAAGAAGUGCUAUCCGGGGUAGAGGGAAAUAUCAGAUGGUAUUUAAUUAUGUUUUUAUGAAUGUUCUGCUGCCACAGAAGGGACUUGGACUGCAAGGGUAAAGCAGAGGCUCCAUUUCCAUUUUGAAAUUCUUUUAGGAUGCAAAACUCUGGGGGCCUGGCCAGAGCUCAGAUGCCCCAAAACAUCACCUGUUGCUUUCUUUUGAGACCAGAGAUCUUCCACAGCUCUAAGAGACACAUUAGGACAGCCUUGUCUAGGGAACCCCAAGCCCUGAGCUGGAAGCUGUUACUGGAAAUUCCUCUUUAAGCCUCUCCUUAGAGGUGAAGGCUCAUGAAACUCCCCAGGCACCAGGUGAACUUCUGAGGCCUCACUUAAAGCUUGGACGUGGCUUAGGCACUUGGCAGAUCUGGUCCACGUCAUAAAGACCUUAGUUUGAAAUGUUUUGUAUAGAAACUAGCGCUGAGCAUACUGUUCAGCUUGGUGUUGGUCAUUUCUGUAUAGUCUUAGGCUCUAUUAUUUUAGAACCUAAGUCAGGUCUUUAAGAGUAUGUCAGGCCCUACAUGAAAAUAAUGCUCCUGGAUGUCACAUUUUACCUGUCUGCUGCCCAGUACAGCUCUGUAUCCUUUACCAAAGCUAGACCUUCAGUGUGACCCUCAUCCUUAGCUUUUCAUGGUUGUCUGAUAUUUCCAUGAAAACAUUCAAAGGAGUUGACUGGUUUUAACCAAACUUUCUGAGGAACAUUUCUUCCCUGACCUCACUGCCACAUCCCAAAGGAAUAAACAAGUGUGACAAGAAAACCUUAAAUGCUGCUAUUCCAAAGAGCAACUUAAGGACUUUUUUUUACAUUGGGUACAAAAGGUCAUCAGACUCCCUGUGAUGAAAUUUUAAAUUAAUGUGUGCCUUUCAGCCUCAUAUGCUUUCUUAUCUACACUAGAUGGGGAAAUCUGCAUUUAUUAUUAUUUUAUAGGACUUUUUUAAAUAAAAGCUUUAUAUGGA